AUGGUAGCAGAACCGGUGCAAGCUACGAUUCUGACCUUAACUUCUUUUUACAAUCAAGCAUCAAACUAUCUCGCCACACAACAUGAUAAGUUAGUUCAUUCGGAAUAUUAUGAAAAAAUUGCAAGUUGGGAUCCAGUUUUAUUAGUAAAAGGUGAAAAUUAUUCAUCAAUGAAUUGUCGACAGCAACCGACUACUUUGGUAGACCGAUGUUACACGAAGUUGAAGGAUAAUAAGAUUAAAGUUGCAACUAUACUAACAAUUGGAAUUGGGUUAACAUCUAUCUAUGUCUUUGCGGAUGCAAGUGGACUAAAUAAGUACAAGAUUGCAUGUAAACCAAAAAGAAGAGUUCCUAAAUUAAGUAAUGGUGCUAGAAGAGACAUAGUGCUAGUUGUUGGAUCACCUACGGAGCCUCUAACCAGAUUGAUAGUUCUCGAUUUUGAAAAGAGAGGAUUCAUAGUUUAUCUAACCAUUCUUGAUGAAAAGGAUUUCAAGUAUAUUGAAAGCAACCCUAUUACUGAUGACAUUAAUUAUUUAAAUCUCAAUGAAGAAUCUAAUAAGCUAGGAGUUCAAUUAUCAAACUUUCAACGUUUGAUUUCACAACCUGUGAUCCCAUUCCCAGGUGCAUCACCACAUCACUUGAGGCUCUUAUCCGUUGUAUUUGCUCCAAAUCUAUACUUUCCCUUGGGUCCGAUCGAGAACAUCUCAAUGUCGUCCUGGAAUAAGGUUUUUGACAGACUUUUUACGUAUUUGAAGCUAUUCUCGUCUGGAUUAGUAAACUUGGUAAGACAGCAGGAUGCGAAGAUAAUCUCAAUUGUUCCCAGCAUUGUCAGCUCGUUAGAAAUGCCAUAUCAUGCACCUGAAACUUUAUUUCAAAAUUCUUCUAAACAUUUUUUUACAACACUCACGAGGGAAUUAAACAAACAGGGCUUAUCGGUAACCCAGGUAAAGUUAGGCAACUUAAACAUCUCGAACGGUCGUCAAUCUUAUGGUCGCAUAUCAAAUAUUGUAAAUUCUGAAAUACGAAAUUGGGAUGAAGAUAUGAAACUGCUUUACGCUAACGACUUUUCAAAGUCUCAGCUUAAUUCCACUCCUAUAAGGGCAGCUGGAAAGGGCUCAAACUUGAGAGAUUUAUAUCACUUACUCUUUGAUUUGAUCUAUUCAAAAGAGGUUAACCUGCCAGUGGUCUACUGCGGGGCAGGAGCAAGAAUUUACGAUUGGCUCUCUGUGAUUUUCCCUGACUCUCUCAUUGAAUGGUUCUUGGUCUAA